AUGUCUGAACCGAUUCCUGGGCCGGCACCGUUGCCCAUUGUCGGGAAUGCUUAUAACCUUGAUCUUGUAAACUCCUUUACCACCUUUGGGAACCUCACAGAUACAUAUGGACCAAUCUUCAAGCUUACCCUGGGUGGUGAGGAGAAGAUCUUCAUCACCACUCAGUCCUUGAUGGAUGAGGUCUGCAAUGAGAAGCGAUUCUCGAAACUCGUCGCUGGCAGUCUGGCCCAGAUCAGAAACGGAGUCCAAGACGGGCUCUUCACAGCUCACCCGGGGGAACACAACUGGGAGAUUGCACAUCGUGUUUUGAUGCCAGCGUUUGGCCCAUCAUCAAUUCGGGCCAUGUUCGAUGAGAUGCAUGAUAUUGCAUCACAGCUAGUGAUUAAAUGGGCGCGGUUUGGUCCCAACGAGAAGAUACAUGUCACAGAUGAUUUCACGCGGCUGACUCUUGACUCUAUCGCCCUAUGUGCCAUGGGGACCCGAUUCAACUCAUUCUAUCAUGAGGAUAUGCACCCCUUUGUUCACGCCAUGGUUGGGUUCUUGGCCGAGUCUGGAGCCAGAGCAAGUCGGCCAGCUGUUGUUCAAUACUUUAUGCACUCAGCACAACAACAAUAUGAUGCCGAUAUUGAGCUGAUGAAAAAGGUCGCCGGGGACCUGGUUGCGGAUCGGAAAGCCAACCCCAACGACAAAAAGGACCUGCUCAAUGCCAUGCUCAAGGGGAAGGAUGCUAGAACCGGAGAACAUAUGACCGAAGAUAGUAUCAUGAACAAUAUGAUAACCUUCUUGAUUGCUGGCCACGAGACAACCAGCGGCCUUUUGUCGUUUUUGUUUUAUUAUCUCUUGAAACAUCCAUCAGCGUACCAAGCUGCGCAGCGUCAGGUGGAUGAAGUCGUGGGCCGUGGACCUAUUACUGUCGAGCAUAUGUCGAAGUUGCCUUACAUAGAGGCUUGUAUGCGUGAAACUCUCAGACUUUCACCUUCUGCAAUUGCUAUCCAAAUGCAGCCCCGGCCAGACGGUCAGGAGGAUCCUAUUUACCUUGGCAAGGGGAAGUAUGAAAUUAAAAAGGGCCAGGCAAUUGUUUGCGUCAUCCCUCAAAUCCAUCGUGACCCAACAGUGUAUGGAGACGAUGCCAACCUCUUCAGGCCAGAAAGGAUGCUGGAUGAACCUUUUGCUAAGCUCCCUAAAAAUUCCUGGAAACCUUUUGGUAAUGGUGUACGUGGAUGUAUUGGAAGGCCAUUUGCAUGGCAGGAGACCAUCUUAACUGCUGUAAUGCUCCUCCAGAACUUCAACCUGCGAUUUGACGACCCAAGCUACCAGCUGCAGAUAAAACAGACACUUACGAUUAAGCCCAAGGACUUUUUUAUGCGCGCGACGCUAAGACACAACGUUGACCCUGUUCAGCUGGAGAAGAUGCUUCAUGUGAAUAUAGAGGCAGAAGCUAAGGCCGGAGAGAAGGACAGGGCAGCCGGCAUCUCCUCUGUUGGACCGGCAAAGAAACCCAUGACAAUACUUUACGGCUCAAAUGCAGGAACUUGUGAGGCGCUGGCACAGAACUUGGCUAGAGAUGCCUCGAGCAGAGGCUAUAGUGCACAAGUUGGCCCCUUGGAUUCGGGUGUUGACAAAGUACCCAAGGAUCAGCCAGUGAUCGUCAUAUCGUCCAGUUAUGAAGGGCAGCCACCAGACAAUGCCGCACAUUUUGUCGAGUGGAUCCAAGGGCUCGGGAGUGGUGCAAUGACCGGAGUGAAAUACGCAGUUUAUGGCUGCGGGAAUCAUGAUUGGACCUCGACGUUUCACAGAAUACCAAAACUCCUGGAUGCAGAGUUCAAGAGGUGCGGUGCGACUAGAGUCGCUGAUGUUGGCCUUGGGGACGUAGCAGAUGGGGAUAUCUUCAACCACUUCGAUAAAUGGCAAGACGAGCAGCUUUGGUCCUCUAUCGGCGGCGACGUUGACCCUGCCGAAGAGGGUACCGUGGAAGUUGACAUCGAUACAGAUGCUCGGAAGUCUACCCUCCGUCAGGACGUGAGAGAAGCAACUGUCAUCAGUAAUAAAGUACUGACUGCACCCGGAGAACCAGAGAAGAGGCACCUUAUUUUAACGCUUCCUACCGGGAUGUCGUACAAGUCUGGGGAUUAUCUUGCCAGGAAUAUCCGACGAGCCCUGAACCGUUACAACCUCCCGUGGGACGCAAUGUUGACAAUCAAGGUUGGUGCUAAUACUACCUUGCCAACGGGUCACCCUGUUUCUGCAAUGGAUGUAUUGAGUGCAUAUGUCGAGCUGGGCCAACCAGCGACGAGAAAGAACGUUGCUCGAAUCGCUUCCAGUAUAUCGGAUGAGAAGGUCCGUGAGGAAGUCCUUGCUCUUUCAAAGGAAGGAUUUGAAAACGAGAUUUUGAAGAAAUGCCGCUCUCCGUUGGAUCUUCUCGAGGAAUAUCCAACAGCCGAGCUGCCUCUUGGAGACUUCCUUGCAAUGCUGCCACCAAUGCGCAUUCGCCAAUAUUCAAUUUCCUCCUCGCCCUUGGCAGACCCAACAGUUGCGUCUAUUACUUGGUCAGUUCUCGAUGCGCCGUCUCGGGUUGCCGAUUCAAAGCGGUUCCUUGGUGUGGCAUCCAACUUCCUCUCCAAAGUCCAGGAGGGCGAUAGGAUCCAUGUUGCCGUGAAGCCAAGCCAUGGCAACUUCCACCCUCCCAAGGACACCGAAAAUACACCUCUCAUGAUGUUCUGUGCCGGGACUGGCCUUGCCCCUUUCCACGGUUUUGUUCAAGAGAGAGCCAUCCAGAUCCAAGCGGGCCGAAAAGUGGCCCCCGCGUACCUUUUCAUCGGAUGCAGACAUCCCGAAAGAGACGCUCUGUUCAAGGAUGAGCUUCAGAAAUGGGAGACUGACGGCGUAGUGACGGUGUUUUAUGCAUUUUCCGCAGCAAGUGAGCAAAGCAAGCACUGUCGAUACGUCCAAGACAGGCUGUGGGAGGAAAGAGGUGAGAUGAGAAAGGUCUUUGACCAGGGAGCAAAGCUGUAUGUUUGCGGCACUAGCAGGGUUGGAGAAGGCAUCGCAUCUACCGUGAAGAAGAUAUUCCAGGACUAUUGCGCUUCUGUUGGCAAGCCAAAGACGGACGAAGAGGUAGAGCGCUGGUUCCAGGAUAUCAAGAGCGACCGGUUUUCCUCGGACGUCUUCGCAUAA